AUGACAGCGCCUUGCGCCUUUGCUGCAGCAGGAAAACAGACUCCUCCUGUAGCCCUGCAGGAGAGGCCCAGACUCAGCAUCAGUGGCACGUGGCUGGGCAGACGUCUCACUUCCUUGCCCAUCCACAACCUUCUUUCUCCCCCCGCCCGCCAGGUGAUUCACGUCACUGGCCGCCUCCGCCCCCGUCUGCCGUCCUUCUCCCACGCCCAUUCAGUCCUGGGCCGAGUCCUGGGGCUGGUGGCCCUGGCUCACACGCUGCCGCCAUCCACGCUCAGCGAGGUGCGCAUCGAGUGCCACAUGUUUGUGUUCCGGGUCAACAUGGACCUGCAAAUCGUGUACUGCGAGAGCAGGGUCAGCGACUACAUGGACCUGUGUUCCUCGGAGCUGGUAGGAAAAAGCUGCUACCAGUUUGUCCAUGGCGAGGACGUGGAAGGAAUCCGGCAGAGCCACUUGGAUUUGCUGCAAAAAGGCCAGGUGGUGACCAGAUAUUACCGCUGGCUACAGAAGAACGGGGGCUUUGUGUGGAUUCAGUCCUGCGCCACCAUCUCGGUCAAUAUCAAGAACCCCAGCGAGAAGAAUAUGGUCUGGGUCAAUUACAUCCUCAGCAAACCCGAGUGUAAGAGCAUGGCCCUGGACGUCUUCCAGCUGCCUGGGAUGCCAGCCCGACAGACCGAUGCCUCCGACAUGUCCGACUUGGAACCAGACUUCAAAGAGAGCGACCGUGGGCCGGAAGGCAAGCAGGGGGAGCAGUUUCUGCCCAAGAUGGCUGGGGCCUUGGCCAAAGGCUACUCCCGGAGCACGCUGGACAAUGGGGCCCGUUGCUCCAUGGCGGAGAACGAUGCCAGCAGCCCGGACACGAGCUACAAGGACGAGGAGACUUCGGAGGAAGCCGGGGCAAGCGACACCGAGCGGCGCCGGGGGCCCCAGAGCAAACGGAUCAAGCUGGAGUUCCAGGCGGAAAGCCCUCCCCACAUGGCCUCGCUCGCCAGCACGGAGGAGUCGGACAGCGGCAGCGAGAAUAUGGCAGCAGGGAGGAACGCGGGGCCGAGCCGGCCCUGCACAUCAGAAUUUGCCUCCGUCAUCCAGACGCAGAGGAGCUACCCACCGAAAGCCGGCGCGGCGCUUAGCAUUAAGACGGAGCAGAGCCAGGCUCCCAAGUACGACAAGGCCUCCCCGUGGACCUACCCCUCCGCCCGGGAUGCCCACAAGGGAGCCGCCUACACUGUGAGCAAAGCACUUAGCCUGGAGAAGCCCAUUCUGAGGCAAUCCUCUUCCCACUUGUACGUCUCCAUCCCGGACUCAGUGCUCACCCCUCCGGAGAUGGACAGCAGUGGGGGCUUGGCUAAGGCCCCCUUCAGCACCUCCCCCCGGGCGGUGCUUCCGGCCCCUUCGGCCGAGACGCUCUCUCCGCCGCUCUCGGGUUCGCCCUGCGAGGAGAGGACCACCUCGACACCCUUUGCCCCCCUGGUCUAUCCCGGCGAGAUGGAGGCGCUUCAGCGAUUCCACGCGGGGAACAUGGUCCUCCCACUGGUGCAUCAGCUCGGUGGGCACCACGGGCUCGCCAGCACCACGGGCUCCCAGAGCCUCUACACCACCAGCACUAUCCGGUACGCCCCUGCCGACGUGACCCUAGCUGUGCCCGGCGGUGUACUGCCCGCCUCCCAUGCAAUCAACCUCAUGGACAUCAGCAGCCCGGAGUCCAAGACCUCCAUGGAACUCAUGUACCAUCACAUCCAGCGGCUCAACAUGGUGACGCCCUUCGGGAACUCGGCCGGCGCCACCGGUCUGGCGCAGCUUUCGGGCGCCGCGGGGGGCGUGUUCACGGCCGCCGAAUCCUUGUUCUCCACGCUGCCCUUCUCCAUGGCCGGCGGAGGCAUCCACAGCCUGUCCGCCUCGGAGCGCAAAGAGGACUGAGCCAUGGGGCUGCUCCGGAGGCUCGGUAGAGACGCCACCCCGCGCUGACUCUGCGCUGACGUCCUUGCGCCUUUGAAACUCAUCUCCGGGUCUCGCGCCCGCAUGAGCUGCCGGCUGCUUCGGCAGGGAAAAGUCUUUAUUCUGGACUCAAUCCUCGUGUCUCGUUCCCCUCCCCCCAACUAAAUCACAGCACAAAUCAGUAGAGAAAAACGUGUUCCCCAUCAGUAUUCUCCGCCUUGCUUCAGAGCUCUCCCCUCCUGGGCCAGAUGCUCCUGUUACGCUGGUGUAAAUCCAAAGCGGGGCCAUGAAUUCAUCCAGAUUCACACCAGAGAAUGGAAUCGGCACUUCUUAAAAUCAGCUGCCCUGUGGGGAAAAGCCGGGGCCACAGCAAGCACUCGUUUCCCCUCCUUGCUGAUUUAAAUCUUUAAUAGCAGGAGGAGCUUCCUUCACCUCUUUGCCCUUUCUCCCAUGAAUGCAUAAUGGUGCAUGGGAAAAAGGACGCUUUGCGCUCAUCGUGUGGCCCGGUCCCCCACUAAUUUCCAUAGCAAUUGCAGCCGGUGGAGGGUCUGGCCCGUGGUACUUUUCCCGCGUCACAUUGCUGUAUCAAUAUUAAUCAAUCCUCACUGAGUGUCAUCCGCGUUGUUGCAGCGGGGGGGGCCGGAUUCUGUUCCUGUUCUGUUACCCGGGGUAAAAUCUGGAGCGGUUCCAUGGUAACCGAGAGCAGAAGAGGGUCUGGGGAAGCGAAGACAAAGAGAGAGCAACGCAAAUUGGAGCCAGUGGAUGCAGCUACCCAGGAAAUCUGUGGGGCAAACAGGGCAGGGAGGGCAUGAGUAGCAAAGCCAGAGGCUUACCCUGAUCGACAGGGAAGGAAAAAUGAGGUGGCUGACUAGGCCCGGCCCUAGAGCAAGGCGAGCAAGGCAAAGGCCUGGGGCCCUGUGCUACUGAAUAUUCACCAUCCACCCGCUGGGCCUGGGGCCCCACUCCCAGCAUCUUGCGUUGGGCCCCCAAACUCUUUGGUUGGGCCUGUGGCUGACAGUCUCUCCUUAGCUGCUUCAGGGUGUCCGACAAAGCAUCCAUCCCGCACCGCCUCCAUCUUCUACCUCCCGGUGGCUGCUUCUCUUAUGCCUCCCGACCCUGUUGGCCUCUUCGACUUGGAAGUUCCAGUCAUGUCGAGAGCUACAGAGCACACAGCUAUACCCUGGACUCACUGGCCACUUCUGCCUGUUUCCUGACCCGUCAAGCAGUUUGGCCCAGCGAUAUGUCAGGGCGAGAUAUGCUCAAGUGCUUUCCCCGGCAGAUUAUUAGCGAAAGAGAGAGAGAGAGUUUUGCUCUUUGGGAGUGGUUGGCAGAGGGCGGAUCCCUUGGUGAUGGUAGGGUUGCCAGUGGUUUAACAAAAAAUACCGAACAUCCCCUUCCUCCCCAAAAAAAGCCACCGGGAAAAAAUUAUUUUGAGGG